AGUCUUUAACAUUGAGAAAGUAAAAUGCCGCCAAAAGCAGCUCCACCCGCCGCUGCAGAGCCACUCGCGGCCGCCGAGCCCCACGCCGAGGAAUCCCAUGACACAGAGCCUGACUGGAGCACGCUGUCUGCAUCGAACGUCUUCUCAGAGAGCUUUCUGGAAUACAAUAGAGGACGCGAGUCGCACCUUCGAGAUCUGAUGCGGAAAUCCAAGGAUCUGGGCAAGGAGGUCGACGCGUUAAAGACCCAGCACACGUCAACGCAGGAAGCAUUGCGCCACUUCCGUGCCCUGCGAGACGACUUGACCGCCGGGACGGACCGGCUCGAGCGCGGUGCAAAGGCCGCUCAGCAGGAGAUUUACACGAAACUCAAGCGAUUUUCAGAGCAUGGCAUUCAAGGGGAGCCUGGCACCCCUGCGUUUAUGGAGAAUCUUGUCAAAGCUUUGAAAGCGGGAGCCUUGUCGCCAGAGGUGCUGAGUGACUUGCGCGAAGCCAUCAAAAGUUUGGAUCUCUCCUUGUUUGAUAGCGCCAAAAUUAUUUCAGAAGGGCAGCAAAGCCAGCCACCUUCGACCGAUGAGCCGGCUCCGAUGCAAGUGGACCAAUGAGGGGCUGGCGAACGUCAACUUGCUGUGCUUGUUGUUUUAUGACAAAAUUUCAAAUUUCACAUCAUCAUC